GUGCGCGACGUGUAUUUUUGUAUGCACUCGCGAUUGUGGUCAGCUAGCGCUGUAGCUACAUGUACGUGGUGGUCUUAUAUCAAAUACACGUACAACUGCACUAGUAAAUUAACUAGACUUCAUAUCUAACUGGCGAGCAAAAUGGCACCGACGCAUCUGAGCAGUACUUCUCGCCUUUGAGCGGGAUUGGCGCACAUCUGGGCCAACCCAGCGUUGGCUGUUUGCGGAGUUCCUGCUAGUAACUACUGCAGAUCAUCUGUGACCAAAAGAUCAGUCCAUACCUGCUCGCGAGAACCAUCGAAAAUCACCAGUGUUAGUUUGGAAGCAGGACCCGAUUUGGCCCGGGAACUCGCUCGGUUGUCAUUGUCGCUGUGUACGUGGUGGGGAGGUAACGCGGAUUGCGUCAUCAAAUUUGUUGGGAGUCAGUCAUCAACAGCUCACUGCGAACUGAAAUACUCUUCACGUGUGCCUGUGUUGUGAAAUAACAACACUAAAUGUCAUAUUUAUGACGAGUGAACGAAUUCCACGUCUUUAAGCAUCAAUACUGAAAUAUUUUCUUCCUCAGGCAGAACUGAACUGCUGAGCAGUUUCAAGUUAUUCCACCGUGGCCAAAAAUAUACAUCAUGCCUGAGUCUCUUCGUACCUGAUCGUGCAUAUGUACACACACGUAGGCCUACACGUACAGUGUACAUGUACAGAUAGACUCUGAAGACUUCUAUUUUCUCAGGAAAUGUCGGACUUGUAGUUUUAUUCUUUGCUUGUAAAUAGUGUACAGAUUCGUAUUUUAUCACGAACUUUCAAGGACUGCUUUACCCGAUUGUAGGCGCAGAACUCCAGUUGACCGUUGUACGACUACAUGUAGGAUUACGUGGCUUAGCCUAGGCUCCAUUGUCAUUCUGUGGAUGGGAUAUUGACCUUUGUUUGUCUCGUGACUAAAUCUGAACAGGCAUUUCACAAUCAACUGUCACCCGCUCUUGCCCUGGACUUUCGCAAAAGGUUAUUGCAGGUUAACCCUGAAGUCUUCCAUGUGAUAGGUAUUACCCAACAUUACAUCAAUAUCAUCUUCACUCGUGGACUUCAACUAGUUUGCAAGUUUGGCUUUGAGGACUUUGGCGUUGACUUGACACAGCUUCAUUUGUUGGGGUCAGGUAACUAGUUACUGAGCGAUUUUUUUUUCAACGGUGAGGCCGAUGAACGUUCAACGCUCUCUCCCCAUUCCGAUCCAAAAUGAUCGGAGUCGGAGAAAAGCGUUUGUGCAUUUGGACACACCACCCGAUUUAACCAAUUCAUAUUGCAGUUUCAGUCCGAAUUUAUCGGCACCUACCCCACCGAAUUUUGUACCCAAGGAACCUCAUGUCCUGUCAAAGAUCGGUGGUUAUCUUCUUACUGAGGAAACUGAGUUGAGUGUGUUCCGUGCACUGGAUGCAGUUACUCACGAAGAAACAAAAUGCAAAGUUGUGGAGGCAAAGAAGUACACAGAGAAGUUUGCGCCAAACUUCAAGCUUGAGCCACAUGACAAUAUAUCCCAGAUCCAAGAAGUGCUCAUUGGAGAAGAGAAGGCUUACGCUUUCUUCCUGCGUGACUAUGGUGAUAUGCACCAGUAUGUUCGCAGCAAGCGUAAGCUGAAAGAAGAGGAGGCAAGCAGGCUCUUCUAUCAGAUGGUAUUGGCUGUUGUUCACUGCCAUGAAGCGGGCAUUGUGCUGCGAGAUCUUAAGCUACGCAAGUUCACCUUUAAAAAUGCUCAAAGAACGGAACUCAUGCUAGAGGGUCUUGAAGAUGCUUACAUUCUUGACAACAGUAAUCGCGAUCUACUCUGUGAUAAACAUGGCUGCCCAGCAUAUGUUAGCCCCGAGAUUCUAAACAGUGAACCUUGCUACUCUGGUAAGUGUGCCGACGUGUGGAGUCUGGGAGUUAUCCUGUAUACAAUGCUUGUUGGGCGCUACCCAUUUCAUGACACGGAGCCCAGUUCAUUGUUCACAAAGAUCCGACGUGGGAAGUUCACUGUGCCUGAUUUUGUGUCAUCUCAGGCUAAAUGUCUUUUACGUAGCAUCAUGCGUGUUGAGCCAGCAGAGCGUCUUACAGCGGAAGAGGUUCUUCAUCAUCCAUGGUUUCGUCAAAACACUGGCGUAAUCAAUCCAUUCCUGGAUUCUAGUAAAAUGCUUGACCAGACGGUUCCAGAUUUCUCAUUGCCAGAAAGUGAUGACAUUUUCUUAUAGCUAAUUCUUUUUGUUAUAAAGGUGGAAAUUGAACAAGGUUGUGAAUUUCAUUACAUCUGAUUGUUUGAGCAAAUGCAAGUGCUUCUAGGACCACAUGAGCUGUAAGAUCUUUGAGAAGUGAUGUUCAUUUUCUUUAACCAUAGUUCAAAGUUUGGUUUGUUUUACUUCAUAGCUUGACGUUUUUGGCAGAAAGCAUAUGUUAAUUUUACGUGACAUUUUCAUUUCUUAAUCACAACACACAUAAAUGGAUUAAGCCUGUCUGGAAUGAGGUACAGUAUACAUGUGCAUCCAUAUGUGCAGUACAGAACAUUUUCAGUGAUUUUAAACAGUUUAGUCAACAUUCAAAUAUUAGUCCAUUGCCCUAAAAUAGUCAACAAUUCUAGAAGUUUGUGGUUUAUUUUUGUUGUUCGGCAGAAUUCUCCAGAUGUUGGCCUACAGUUUAUGAAUAAACUUAGUCACUGUGUAGCAUCCACAUGCACAAUUCUUGAACAAAGAAAUUUUUGCAGAUUUUUAUGUUGACUAGACUUGGAGUAGAUCCGUUUUUCUUGAAUUAUGGGUCGGUCUAUCGUAUUGUAAUACAAUUUUUUACUCUAUACUGGUUUUUUUGGGGGGGUGGGGGAGUCCUGUUGCAAUGUACAUGUAAUAAAUUUCAGAUCACUCAGAUUAUCUAAACAUAAGGAUUUAGAAGUUGCUGUUUGAAGCAAUUAAAUGUACAGUUGAACCUCGGUAAUAAGAGGUCCUUUGGACGUGCAAGAUUACCUUUAUUUACAGGAAGCUUGUAUUUGAACGAAUGAAAAAAAUGUUGAACAAAAGAUUCAGACUUAAAUGAGUUAUGAGCAGACUAGCGCCAUGGAUGACACAGAUAUUGACAAAUGGGAAGAGCCACCAACGUAGGGCUGGACGGCUCAGUUGGUAGAGCACUGGUACAGUUUUCCAAAGGUCAUAGGUUCAGAUCCCACUUUAGUAAAUUUCUUUGUACAUGUAAUUACUUAUACACUCCUUGUCAAGUUCCCUGCAUACAUGUACAUUGUAUUUUGUUUCAUGAUCAGUGCUCUUAUUAAUGAGGUUUGACUGCGUUUAAAUUAAAGGACUCGUUAUCAAGAUCAGAAGAAUCAGAAAAUAGCUAGAUAUAAAUGUCUUUCCUGAUCUUUUUUUUAUUUGUGGCUCUUCUAUGAAAACAACUGCAACAAAUCAUAGUUUCACACCUGAAAUUUCAAGUGACGGAUUUACAUGAAUGCGAAAGCAUCUGAAAUUCAUGCAUUUCUGGCCAUUCUUUAAAUACAUUAUUGCCGAGUUAAUUCCAAGAAAUCAUUUGGAUUUCUAAUUCAGUAUAACAGGUCAAAACAUUACUAGGAUUAUUAAAUUACAUUAUUAAACUUGCAUGUGUAAAUUUCUCGAAAUACAUGUACGUCCAUGGCCAGAUAAGUGUUCUCACUUUUCUGAAACCCCAGUCCAUUUUAGGUGCCCUAUGUCCUUGAUGAAAAUGAUGAUCGGACCUCAUUGUAACCCAUUCUCGCUGCACAUACCGAAUUUGUAUAAAACAUUUUAUUUACAUAGGCCUAAAUCAAAUUCACCACCAAGCAGCUUUUAUUUCUCUCAGUUGUACAUUUUGUAACUAUGUAUACAUAAAAAAGUCAUGUAAAUUUCUAGUGUACGCUCCAGUGGGAAAAAUGGAAUUUUAUGCUGUGCAUAAAAAUCUAGUUGGUAUGGUGUUUACAUCCCCAUAAAUUCUUCAUUUGUUUGUUUAAAAUUAAUGUAGGUGUACAAAUGUUUGUUUGAAUAAAAGGUUUUACUUAACUUUCCACUGCCAAAUAAAUGUGUCAAAAACUGAUA